UAAUUAGAAGUACAUACUACAUGAAAUUGCUACCAAAACAAGUGUAUUAAAAAACACUUCAAACACUAAAAAUCAUCCUUAAAUUCAGGUAAAGGAAAUUAUUACAACAGAAGCAUCGUAUUUGUUCAAAUUCAUAUAAGAAAAAUACUAGGAUUAAGCAAUAGAUGAGCUGUGCUUUUUAAAUUACAAGUAUAACAUACCAAAACUAUUACACGUCUCUUUUGAUAUAAAACUUUUGCAUAACAUAACAUGAUAAUGAUCAAUUUAUUUGUUUAGCCAUUGACAAAUGAAUAUUAAGAAAGAAGAGCACAAACCACCCGAGGCAGCUAUCCUAGAGAGCAUUUGGGCCAACUACAUCGGUGUAACAAAUUCACAAGAAGCAUGGAAUAAUACACCGAGAAUUUUUCAAGAUUGGAUCGGAAUACCUUCUUUAGAAGAGGAAAAUGAUGGACCUUCAAACGCGCUUAAAAGGCUACCAAGCCUAGGAAGAUGGGUGUCAAUGGGUUCCGAGACAUGGGAAGAAUUACUUGAUAAAAUCGUCGGUUCUAGUACAAAAAACCCUAGGGAAACUUGUUACGUGGAGGACAAGAAAAGUGAGACGAGUAACAAUUCAAAGGAAAACAUGGAGAAGACUAAUAAAACCAUACCAGUUAGACAUUAUAGAGGAGUAAGAAGAAGGCCUUGGGGAAAGUACGCGGCUGAGAUAAGAGACUCAACGAAGAAAGGAGGUCGAGUUUGGCUAGGAACAUUUAAUACCGCGGAAGAAGCAGCUUUGGCUUAUGAUAAGGCGGCCUUAAGAAUAAGAGGGGCGGGUAAGGCUUCUCUUAACUUCCCCCUUGAGGCGGUCACUAAAGCCGUGGUUGGAAGUCAAUAUGACAAGAAUAAUAGUCAUUGUAAUAAUCCUUGGAAAAGAGAAGCAAGAGAUUGGGAGCUUCGACAAAGUGAUUAUGUUGAUGAGUUGAUGAUUCAACAGCCAUCUUUUAAAAGAUCAAGAUUUAGCAUGGAUAAUUUACUUGAUUCUCAACAUGAUGUACUUGAGUUGGAAGAUCUUGGGAAUGAUAUAUUGGAAUAUUUACUUUCUUCAACAUUAUGAUUGUGUGUUUAUUUGUCUAUAUAUUGUACAUAUAUGAGAUUUAUGUAUUGUUUUCAUAUGUUUUGUGUGUCUCAAUCCAUUUUAUGUAACGUUUGCCUAUUAUUGUUAUAUACGCUUAUCAAUAAUGUAAUAUG